CGCUCCACGUGGGCGCGGGGCGCAGCCCGGGGCUCCGCGCGCCGCUUGGCCCCCUCCCCCUCCUCCGGGAGGAGCGCAGUCGCCGUCGGUCCCCGCGCGGUUCCAGCGGAACCGUCCGUCAGAAAUAAGCCUCCCUUCCUCUCGCCUUGGUCGCCUUCCAACAGAAACAGAGCUCCUACAGCCGGCAGGAAGCGGGGAGCGGUCCGCCGGCCUCCAGCGUGAAAGGCAGAGAGCCCGGGACACGUGGGCAGAGGUAGAGCAGCAGCUGCUGGAGAUGUGGCGAGCUCGCUCCAUAACCCAGAACUCCUCUUUAGGUUCCUAACCUUUAACUUUUUAAUUUUUAACUGGACUUUCUCACUCUGACCUGACCCAUCUGUUCAUUAACGAGUAGCGUCAAUGCCAAAGGUAGGCUGCAGGCAAAAUGAAGCUGUGAUAAAAUGAAACCAAGUCUUUCUCGACUCCUUACAGUUGGAGCAGUCCGUUAAAGGCCACCUGGUCCAGCUCCCUUGCAAGGAACAGGGUCAGCCACUGCUCCAUCAGGACCUCAGAGCCCCAUCCAGCCUGACCUUGGGAGGCUGCAGGGCCGGGGCACCACCUGCCUCUCUGGGCAGCCUCAGCAGUUAUAGGUUAGUUUGUAUCGCAUAAUGACGGAUGGGAAGACUACUCAUUAACUUUCUGUUUAAGAAGUGGUUUGUCUUACCCCAGCCUUUUCCAAGGAAAGAAACAGUGUUCAGCAAGAGGUUCCUUGUGGUGUGACCGCACGUUUUCAGCAUGAGCUUGCUAGCUUGAUGCAUUGGAAGCAGUUAGCAGCUGCUUUGCAAUAGCGAGCUGAUGGCAGUCCCAGUGCUCGUGUCCUCUUGCUGGGAACAGCUGGCAAGAGAGAAGAGCAAGAACUAGCAAGAUUACUACCACAAGUGUUAUUGGCUCAGCAGAUCUACUGGCUUGUUUUAACUGCAGGGUGGGUUUACACUGGAGAUUACACUUCAGUGCUCUAUCUUAUUAAGGGAAGAUGUUUUGUCCAUUAAUCCAAUUAGCAUUGUAGGUUAAGAAGAUCCUGAAGGAGAGCAAUCUAACAACAUAAUUACACCUAAACUCAUAAGCAAUGCCAAUAACCAGCGUGGUAUUUCCAUGCAUAUCCUACUUAUUAUUUUUUCUGCCUACUCUACUUACUAUGUUUACAAGCAACACUCAAGUUACAUGACAACUUCUCAAUUAGAAAAUCACACCAAACAGCUAAAGGUGCUGAAAACAUUUACAUGUUGACAAAAUUCCCUUUCUCCUCAACAUAGACAGGUAGGUUCCAGCCCAGGGUAAUAUUUUCAGUACCAGAGGAAUGUAUUCAGUUAUGAAGGCAUGAAAAAUACGUGCUGUUACUCUGUCAUUUCUCCUGGCAAAGGGCACUUUCUAAUCAGAGCUGCUGCAAACUCAGCUGCAGGUCUGGGUGUUAGAACGCUCAGCUCCAUUCUUCAGAUGUGUUCAACCAUUGGCAUAUUUUCCUCUUCCGGAACAGCCGGUCCCUAACUUUGAACAAUGCCCUCAUGCUACUGACACAGAAAACAGAAACUUGCAAAGAAAAAAAAGAAACUAAAACAGGAACUAAUACUUUCAGAACAGCUCGACUUAUUGCAGUAGCAUUGUUCCCGUAAUAGCUUCUGCUUGGCAAAUUACAGUAUGUGGAAUUCUGGCAGAACGAAGCAUGCAGGGAGAGCAGCCCCACAGCUGCAGGAGCUGACGGAAAGUGGGAGCGGAUCCUGUCAGCCACCCAACUGAGCCGAGGGUUUCCGAACUACAUUUCCCAGAGCUCCUGCUGGGGGAAGAGCGUCUCAAUGUGGUCAGACAGCUGCUGUUUGCUUUGCUUGCUGGAGGAGCAGUGCUUCCAGCUGAGGGCAACGGUGGCCUUUCAGAGCUGUUUCCUGCUGCUGCAGACAGCACGCCUUCUGCUCCGGGCACAGUAAGUGGGCAAAGCGUUUGUGAAGUGGCUGUUCUCGACCCACCUCCUGCUGGGCGGGCAGAGAAGUGACACCUCCACAGCACUGAGCGGAGACUGCCUUCCUGCCUGCAAGGAGAGGAGCCUCUGCUCGGGCACCACCCAGCUCAGGAGCCGUCACCAACCUUCCUCAGACCAAGGACUCACCGCCUCUUCCUUGGUGCGGCUUACACGUCCCAGCCUGUAGGAUCAAGGAAAUGCAACUUCCUCCUUAGAGAGCUUUGAGAUCUGUGGUUGGAAAAGGAAAUACUCAACAUAAUUGCCGAGGAUUGUGAAUCACAGCUCGUUUCUGUUUCAGAUGAAUGCCUGAGGUGGCUGUUUUCUGAAGCUGAGUUCAGGCAGCAGUCUGUGACUGCCUGAGCUGACAAUGCAGUAGGAUCCUUUGGCACAAAAGCCAUUCUCAGUUGGAGAUGAUUCAGUUCAGCUGCAACUGCUGCCUCUCUUUGAGCUCUGGGAAUUCUCUUCCACCGCCGAUAUUUUGUCUUUCAUUCCCUUCUGGCAUCGAUGCCUUUCCCACAGAUCUGCUGCUUGCUGCAAUAGGAUGUUCAGUUGGAUGGAGGCCAUUACAACUGCGUAGGAAACAAACAAGAAAGCAGCCACUCUCGCUGCUCUUUAUCCCACUGGUACAGGAAUUUAGAGAGAAAUAUUUAACCUCAUCUUGUAGCACUUGAAGACCUUCUGCGACCUUAUUUUAGAAAGCAAAUGCCAGCAUUCUGUAGGUUCUGUAAGCACAUAGCAUUGGGUUAUUGCACAUUUUAAAUCAAAUUUAAGUUUUCAAGGCCACUGUGUUAUGUUCUGUGCUUCUCUUUUCAGACAGAAACAGCUUCCCAUUGGUGCUGAUUAUGGCUGCAAUUUAUCGAGCAGCGUAUAGAAGAGCUGCUCUCUUCUACAGGUCACAUUCCACCUACGUUAGAAAAAUGAGAUACUUGAAUAAGCUAAAGGAAGAUGACAGCUUGUGUAGACAAGCCCAGACCUCAGGAACUUUCUACAUCUUUCACAAUCUCUCACCUUUCCUGCAGAAAGUCGGGAAGAAAUAUUUGAUACCACAGCUCAGUGCAGCAGAAAUGAAAAGGAUCCUGGAGAAAUUCAAAGAGACUGAACAGUGGAUAGAGAAGUCGGUGCUGAUCGGUUGUUCAGAUGAGCACGUACCACACUUUGCCCUGGAUUUAGGAGCCUUGGAAAGAUCAGUCAUUGAGGUUGAGCUCGAGGGAUCGUUCACUGACUUACGAAAGGCUUUCUUUGUAGUGGAUGAGAAGGAUUCUUCUUUGCUGGCCUCGGCCCAGGGCCUUCUCCGGUGGCACGAUUCCCACCAGUACUGCAGCAAAACUGGGCAGCCGACUCAGAAAAACGUAGCUGGCAGCAAGCGUGUGUGCCACGCCAGUGGAAUCACUUAUUACCCACAGAUGUCUCCAGUAGUUAUCAUCUUGGUGUCUGAUGGCAGCCGCUGCCUCCUUGCACGACAGGCCUCGUUUCCUCAGGGGAUGUACACUGCUCUGUCUGGCUUCUGUGACGUAGGUGAAGCUGUGGAGGAGGCAGUCCGGCGAGAAGUGGCAGAAGAGGUUGGCCUGGAGGCGGAGUCACUCUGGUACUCAGCAUCCCAGCACUGGCCCUUCCCCAGCAGCUGCUUAAUGAUAGCUUGUCAUGCACUGGUGAGGAGACAGCAGUUGGAGAUCAGUAUGAACAGCCUGGAACUGGAGGAAGCCCGCUGGUUUGGCCUGGAGGAAAUCAUGGAGGGUCUCAAACGGGAACCCAAAUCUGCAAAGCAAGACAACGGGAGUUAUUUACCCUGGUUCCCUCCCAAACAGGCCAUUGCUCACAAACUGAUUGACGAGUGGGUUAAGCAGCAGACUUCCCAGCCAACUCAGGUGCUAUGACUUCAUCAAGCCUAUACCUCUACCAGGAUUACUAAUGCUUGACAUGAAGUCUUCCACAGCUGAGAUCUGUGCUAUAGCAGGUGUAACUGAUGGCAGUCCUACAUUUGGAUAUAGAGACCUAUACAUUUCUGAACUGAUUAUCUUCAGACAACUCCUUGCACAAUGAACCACCUUUGAGAUCCAUCAACUUGUAGUAAACGUACAAUAAAAUUCUUUGUUCCAAAGCACAAAACGUUGUCAUCUGCUGCUGGUGUUGCCCAGUAAGCAACAGAACAAUGAGCCCAGUGCAGCUAUGACCAUCUUUUCUCCAUUUUAUCCAUCUAGGGGUUGUGAUGAAUAUCUGAACCCACCAUUUUUUCAGAAAAAACAUUAAAGGAGAGAGGCCUUUUAGUAUUCACCUGCACAUCAAUCUGGAUUGACUGUCAAAGAAACAAUAGAAAGGCAAUGCCUGUAUGCUCUCCCCUUCUUCCAUUUCCCUUACCAUUUAGAGUUCCAGUUUCAUAUGAAACUUUUUUUGCCCCAAAUGAUAAGCAUACUCCUCCUUUGAUGAUAUAUGAGAAUAACUGAAACUACUUCUGGAGAUACCAUUUUCCCUGCCAGCUAUACAGAACGUGUCACUUCCAUCCCAAGGAAGAGAGAACAGAGCUACCUAGUGGUAGAGAGCGGAAGAGCAAAGCCUAUAUAUGAGCAUAUUAGAACCCAAAAAACUCAAAGGUGAGAUAAUAUUACUGAAAGAUAAUAUC